CUUUCGAAGGCACAACUGCAACUCAAGCUCGUUCAACUACAACUUGACUUCAUUCAAUUUCAGCUACAAUUUGUUCAACUACAACUCGACAUUGUUUGACCACCAAGAUUCAACCAGACAACUCGACCCUCUUGCAUCCACUAACAACACCCAACCACGACACCUCAGUAACAGUAAGUGUUUCACUGAGAUAAAUCUAACAUCAAAUUAUUCUAACACUCAAAACGAUGUUCCCAAAAUUCUUCUCAACCAUUUGCCAGGUGUUGAAGGCAAACUGGGCCUGGGCACCAAGGCCUUUCAACUUCGCUACAGUCCUCCCUUCGUCGGCCCCAGCUGCGAUGGCUGAGACAGCCGGCUACCACCCACUCGUGCAUGGGUUUAUCGAUCUUCUCCCAGAUGCAGAUGAGCUCUGCAUUCCAGAGUACCAUCAUGUAGGAAUCGACGUGCACCUCGAAGCAGAUGAACCCAAAGACAUCGAUCUGCUCCCAGAAGAGAACGAAGAAGGAGUAGAUGACGUUUUCCUCGAUGCACUUGAGUACUCCACGCCCACCCUCACAGAGAGUCAUAUCGAGGAUCUCGAAGACUUGGAGGACAUGGAGGAGUAUCUAGCUAGAAUCGAUGAACCUGAGGACAUCGAUGAGUACAUGGCCCAAUACGAUAAAGCUAAGGGUGAUGAUCUUGUCCUCGAAGAAGAAGAGCCGGAGGAUAUCGACAUGUACCUUGAAAAGGCAGAAGCGAUCGAAGCGAGAGCCAAAGACCUCGAUGACUGGGUCAAUGUCGAUCCUGUUCCCCCACAGCCCAGGUAUCAUACCAAAGCCUCCAGCAAGCCACGCUUCGAGUACAAUGUCCCAGUAGACCAGUCGGCCCUCACAGCGGCUCUAUCCGAAGAGCUCCAAUGGUCCCAUCGUCCGGAAGCCAAGGCUGUUAGAAAACAGCCCAAACCACAGCAAAAGACCUCCCACAGCGACCUCGAACGGAAAUGGAGCGCAGCAGCCAACACCACUGCUCCAUCGAUGAGCGCUCGCGCUACCAAGCGGUACGAGCUUAUUGUUACUCGCCCCACGGACCCGAACACCCAACAUCCAACCCUCACGAACGGGCCCCGCCGUCCCACAUCCUAUACAUACGGCACCUCCGCUGCCCGUCGCUCCUACAAACACAUUCAAGCGACAUCAGCAGCAUUAUCUGCCUGGUGGAAACCAUCCGCUCCGUCCAUGAAGAAGAGGACUGUCCAAGCAUGUGUCGAUCUCGGCCCCAUCAACACUCUUCGCUUCGAUGAUACGGAGACUUGUUUCGUGGGCCGCGAUGCAACCAUGGCAGAUAUCUAUUAGACAGGAUCCAAAUGCACACAUCUGGCAUUUUG